AUGAGAGCCAGGACCAGACAGCUGCUCUCCCUCGUACGGGGGAGAAACCAAGAUGACAAGAUCGAGGUUCCCCUCGAGGUGAAGGAGGCCAUCCUCAAGUCACUGAGGGGCGGCGGCGGCCAGCUGAGCAACGGAACGGCGGCGAUAGGGCGACAUGCCUUCGCACCUGGCAACGACAUCACAUGGGCGUGCCGCGACGGCGUCGACGUCAUCACCACCACCGAUGCUAUCCUUGUGUGGUACAUCGCCACCACCCUCUUCGACAUGAAAUGGCGCCGCUCCGAAUCUGCUGGCGGUACUCCUCCUUCUCCCUCGACGCCGCCGGUGGCCAACGACGACAGCAAGAAGAAGAUCGUCGUCGCCUGUUGCUUGUCGCGCUACUGCAUGUACCUGGUGGCCGAGGCUCCGGAACUGCUGCCGGACAAGCCUGACUGGAUCAAACGCCGCUACGAGGCCGUGAAGAAGCGUAUCGAGGCGGCACCCAGGUGCAGCGGUGAUGAGUCGUCCGUGUACCAACACCUGCUCGACACUUUCAGCCAAAACUCCCACGAGGUGCUCAUCAAUGGCGCGAAGCUUGCAAAGCAGCUGGCGGAGGAAGCUGAAGACGAGGUGUGGGAGCUCCUCUCCGACUUCUGGUCGGAGAUGCUGCUCUACCUCGCUCCUUCCGACAAUGUCAAGGUCCAUAUCGAGGCCCUGCAGCGUGGCGGCGAGCUCAUCACGCUCCUGUGGGCGCUGCUGCUGCACGCCGGCAUCACCAGCAGGCCGGUGGAGAACAAUUUCACUGCAUGA